AUGAAGGUCUCCGCGCUUGCCGUAGCCCAGGCUGGCUUGCUCAACGUGCUACCCGCAACGGCCGAGUAUGUAUGGCCGAGUAAAAUUGAUAGGAUGGAAGACUUGCUGGUCUUGCAGAGUGGCUACAUCCGUGAGGGCUUCGUCGAUGGCGUAUCACCAUGCACACGCAACCCAGACGCUCCGGGACGCCAGACUGCGGCGGAGUGGAUUCGAACAGCUUUCCACGACAUGGCAACAUUCGAUAAAGCCACUGGUGUUGGCGGCUUGGAUGCUUCGAUUCAGUUCGAGACAGACCGUGCCGAGAACGCCGGUGAUGCUUUCAACGCUACCUUUGGCUUUACGAACAACUACUAUGAUGUUCGCACUUCUGCUGCUGAUCUGGUUGCCCUCUCGACAGUCCUUGCUGUAGGCAACUGCGGCGGACCGAAGAUUCCGCUGCGACUUGGUCGUGUUGAUGCGACCGAAGGUGGUGCUUUGGGCGUGCCGGAGCCGCAGCAGGAUAUCGAUACCCACAAGAAGCUAUUUGCCAAAGCGGGGUUCAGCACUGAGGAUAUGAUAGCCAUGGUGGCCUGUGGCCACACAAUGGGAGGAGUGCACGGCAAGACCUUCCCAGAGAUCACCGAAAACAACACAGAGACCAACGUCGUUCACUUCGACUCUACCGACGCAACAUUUGACAACAAAGUCGCAACAGAGUACCUCGACGGCACUACUCAAAACCCGCUCGUUGUGGCUCACAACGACACUCUUAACUCUGACAAGCGCAUCUUCGCUGCCGAUAACAACGUCACCAUGAAAGCGCUCGCUUCAGACUCAAAGACCUUCCAGUCUAUGUGCUCCGAUAUUUUUGCGCGCAUGCUCGACACUGUGCCCUCCACCGUAACCCUCACCGAACCCCUUGAGCCCAUAGCUCUCAAGCCUUACAUUCAAUCCUUCUCCCUCGCAAACUCCACCCACAUCACCCUUACCGCCCGCAUCCGUCUCCUCACCACAUCUGAAAAGUACGACGAUGAGCGCGUUACACUCACAUACACGCCUCGCUCCGCGCCAACUGCCAACACAACACUGGAUACUACCAUCAUUGCUAAGCCCGCCAACUACAAACUCGGUCUCUCAAACGGUAUCUUCGGCGAGAUGUUCAAGUGGCACGAGUUCUCUGUCGCCCUCCCUACAAGCACAUCCAUCAAGAGCUUUAACGUCACCGUGACCCGCGUCUCUACCGGCGAACAAACUGUCUACGACAAUGCCGGCAACGGGUACCCCCUCGAUGACACCGUCCUGUACCAAGACGCCCAGUCUUGCCGUGUGGAUAACGAUGCUACGCUCGUCGCCGCCGUGCGCAAGUCUGUUGUCGAUGCUGGAGUGCCUGUAGUUGCGAGCAUGGCACGGAAGUAUGCUAAGCAAGGCACGAUUGUGCCCGCGUUCCAGAUGGAAGAGUGGAAGGGUGAAGUUGGCAGAGAAGUUGGAGACUGGGUGUUGGUGACGAUGAAGGGAGUGCAGCCGCCUGAGAGCUUUUCGACGACUUUUGAUCUUGUCGCUGGGGAGAGCAGGGUGCAGUAUAUGGACACAACUGUGUUGGGAAGUCAGGAGUGUACGGAGUUCUAG